GAAGACUAUGAGAAGAUGCAGUUGAAAGAGAUUCCUGUUGACGGUAUUAUACAGCCAUUAGGUCUGAUCUUCUGCCUUACAAUAAAGUGGAUGGCUGAUGCUAUUGAUCCAACAAGAAAACAGAAAGCUAAAGCACAAAAACAGGCAGAAAAACUCAUGCAGGAGAUUGGAGUGAAGAAAAUUAAGCUUUCUGAAUAUGAGAUGAGCAUUGCACCUCAUCUUGUGGAUCCAUUGACUAUGCAGAUUACAUGGCAUGACAUUGCAGGUCUGGAUGAAGUCAUAACUGAACUGAAAGACACCGUUAUACUUCCGAUCCAGAAGAGACAUCUGUUUCAAGGAUCCAGGCUUCUUCAGCCACCCAAAGGUGUGUUGCUGUAUGGGCCUCCAGGCUGUGGGAAAACUCUCAUAGCCAAAGCUACUGCCAAAGAGGCUGGAUUCCGCUUCAUUAACCUGCAGCCUUCCACUCUCACGGACAAAUGGUACGGGGAAUCCCAGAAACUAGCUGCAGCUGUCUUUUCACUGGCCAUCAAGCUACAGCCCUCUAUUAUCUUCAUCGAUGAGAUUGAUUCCUUUUUGAGGAGUCGCUCAAGUUCAGAUCAUGAGGCCACCGCUAUGAUGAAGGCUCAGUUCAUGAGCUUAUGGGACGGACUGGAUACUGACGUCAACUGCCAGGUCAUAAUAAUGGGAGCCACCAAUCGGCCAUAAGAUCUUGAUUCUGCUAUACUCCGAAGGAUGCCCACAAGAUUCCACGUCAAUCAACCUAAUGUCAAGCAGAGGAAUGACAUAUUGAAACUGAUCUUGAAAAAUGAGAAUGU